AAAUGAUGUAUUAUUAGCCUCAAAAGAAAACGCCAGUCCACUCUGGACAGUCCUCUCAGUUGAAAGUGGCCUAAAAACUCCCUGCUGACUUUGGACAGUCCUCCCAGUUGAAAGUGGCCUAAACACUCCCUGCUGACUUUGGACAGUCCUCUCAGUCGAAAGUGGCCUAAACCCCACCUGCCGACCUUUCCCAGUCCACGUCGGACGGUCCUCUCAUUAGAAGGUGGCCCGGAAAACCCGUAACACCGCCCCGAGUCCACGUCGGACGGUCCUCUCAGUUGAAGGUGGCCCGGACACCGCCCCCCCCCCAGUCCACGUCGGACGGUCCUCUCAGUUGAAAGUGGCCUAAACCCCCCUGCCGAUUGGACGGCCGCUCCCAGCUCACUUUGGACAGUCCAUCUCAGAUGAAAGUGUCCUCCGAAAGAGUAUAAAAGAGCCCUGCACGGGUCAGUCUUUACAGCAAGAACUCGACAUGGCGAUUGAAGACUGCCCGAUCUGCUUCAGACCCUACCACCAGCUGAGCCAGCACCUGACCAACACCCACCUUGUGAAGAACAAGGAGGAGAGGAAACUGCUGCUGGCCCUUUCUUCCGGGAGGGUGGACGUCCGGAAGGGCACUUGCCCGGUGCCCGCCUGCGGCAAGACCACCGCCCGGAUGGACCGCCACCUGAAGUGCCACAGCGAGCUAACUCCCUCGACUCGGAAGAAGACGUUGGCUUCAAUCAAGCGGAGGAAAAUCCUGGAGGACCUGGCCAACCUGAGGGCGAGUAACCCUGAAGUGCCGCUGGCCUCGACUCUGGAUCAGGAGGACGUCUCGGGGCCUGUGGAGGAGGAGGAGGUGGCGGACGCCCCUGCUCCACCCUGCGCCAACCCAGCCUGCCUGUGCGUCAGGGACCAGUUGGCGGACAUGCACCUCCAGGUGGAAACCCUGAGCAAGGCGCUACAGGAGGUCACCCGCCGCUACAAGCGACUGAGGAGGAGGUCGAGGUCAACCCCCUCUUCCCAGGUAGCGAGGGUGACGGGGAGGCUCCUGUCCGCUCUCUGGUCCCCCGGGAAGGGAGACGGCGGCGGGGACGACGAGGAGGAAGGAGAGGCCGGGCCUUCGGAGGAGCCGGACGACGGGGUCCCCCAGCCUCUCUCCCCUGCCCAGCCGUCUCCGCAGCAGGAGAGGCAUCCCUUCCCCGACCACGUGCCAGCUCUGAACGUCCUGCUGGAGGAAUUCCGCGGACAUCAACAGGGCGCCGACCCCACUCCCAGGCUGGUUCACAACGUGGGGUCGAAGAUCUUCCGCAUCAGGAAUUUCAUAGGAUUCAUGGCAGCGGGGCACACCGACCUGGCCAGCUUUGGGUUCCUCAACCAGACGGCGAGGAUGCGAUCUUGGCACCAGUCCCUCAACCAGGCCAAGAUCGCGGAGCCAACCAUCCAGAUGUACCUUAAGAACGUGUCGCAGUUCUUGCUGUACAUCUCCGAGACCCCGCCGCCCACCUGCCGCCUCUCCUGCACCGUCAUGGUCGGCCUGAACCGAGAGAUCAAGAGCCUGAUCCGCUCGGUUUGGCGGAGAGUGGUGGUCCACGAGGUGGGGGUCAAUCAGGCCAAGGAGGGCCACUUGAUCCCCAAGGCCGCUCUCCGCCAGUGCGUUGCCUCCGCCAGGGCCGCCAUUGCUGAAAUCCUUGCCUGUCUGAAGGUGACCCUUGACAGGAAGGACCAGUGGUCAUUUUAUGGGCACCUCACCGCUUACCUGGCCUGCAUCUACGGGCAUCGCAGUGGGGUGUUUCAGAACAUGACCAUUGCGGAGGUGGAGGCAGCGCGCCAGGCCACCAUGGACGGGUGCUAUGUGAUUAAUAUUUCAACCCACAAGACGAACCAGGCCUUCGGGGCCGCUCAGAUGGCAGUGACGGAGACCGAAUAUCAGUGGAUGGCGGAGUUCCUGGCCAUGAGGGAGGAGCUAGUGGGCGGUGGCGACGCCCAUUAUUUCUUUUUCACCUCCAAGCCCAGCCCCUGCAAGAACCUGAACCAAUAUUUUCAGGAGGCAUGGGCUGGGCUUGAACUGCCGGGAACUCCGACAUUCACAGAUGUCAGGACCUCCAUCGCAACCCACGCCAAGAACACCAUCAGCCCCGGGGACCGGCACAAAGUGGCACGGUUCAUGUGCCACGACACCUCCACGGCUGACUAGUUCUAUGCAUUGAACUUGGAUGCCAAGCAGGCCCUGGAACAGCGGGCGUUGUUCCAGGCAGCCAU